AGGAAAUGUCCGUAAAUAAACAUUGACUAAAUACAAACUAUAAUACAUGUAAACGACGACUUGUCACACGACCUGUGUUCCAAUCUACGUAAGUAUUGCACCAUGACAACAGAGGGGGUGUUUGUUGGUUGCCAGGUUGUCCUUGACCUCAGCACCAGUGUUGGUUUCAAGAAGAAACAGGAAGUCAGGAAAACCAUCACAAACAAUGGUGGAAUUAUCUCAUACAUUGUCACAAAGAAGGUGGAUUUAAAGGACAUUAUUAGAAAUAAUAUGCAGAAACGAAAGGAUAAAAUCAGUCCAAAGAACAUUAAAUUUUAUUUAGAUAUAGUAUGCCCUCUAAAAUUAAACCUCUACAAAUGUUGGAGGAAUAAACAAAAUGUCACAAGCGAGCUGUGCAUUUGUGUUCAAGUAGUACAGGUAGUAAUAUUGAGUGACAGAGACAUUGUACAUAUAUUUGAUGAGGAGGACAAUCUGUAAAGAAACGAUUUAAUUGUAGAAAUAUAAACAAACAUUUUAAAAUGUUGGAACGUCAACAUUGUCAAUGAAAGAUAUAAGCGCUUCAGGGUUGCUUAUCCUGUGAAAACAAUGUUAAGUAAUUAAAAAAAUUG